GCCUCUGAUUAUUGUCGGAGAGUAAACAUUUGUUUGGCUGCUCUGUACAAGCGCAGAUAGGCUUCAGAUGAAUUGACAGGGUCCCCUAAAUUGUGUCUAUGACGCCUGAUCCAUCGCGUCAAGACCAUUAAGAAGGAGGCUGGGUGAGAUGAUAGUGUAUCGAUCAGGUCGUGAUGGAUGGGCCCUGAGAAUAUAUAAGUGAAGUUCUCGGUCGAGUAAAGGGAGAUGAGUUCAGAUCUGGUCAUCAACACAGAGACACCAUGCUUUCUGCAGCUCUGUUUUACCUUGUAGCUGUGAUUUGUUCAGCAACAUGGACACACGCUCUCCCCCUUUACCCUGAGUCCAACCUGGAGCCACAGACAGAUUUCAUUCAGAAACUAGUUUCAGAAGUGGAGGACGGCACCAAUGCUGCAGAAGGCGAACAGAGAGAUGUGAAUAAUAUUUAUCCCCUACUGGUGCAUCACAAUGGAGGGAGGGACUCAUGGAAUAAAGGGGUGAAAGAUUCAGCACAACAGGAUAAGUUUGCAAACAUGGUCGAGGAGCUGAAAGAAGUUGUACUGAAAUUGGCUGCCGCUGAGAAGCUUCGGUCACAGGGUUUCCUCAGAUCAGAGCAGAGCCUCCCGAAAACGAACAAAAGAGCAUGUUUCUGGAAAUACUGUGUGACCAACUAGAGCUCAGAGACAGCAAGUACGAUGUGGUUUCAGCACGGCCUGGUUUGAAGCGCUCUCCCUCUUCAUCACCAGUUUUGUUUCCCACCACGUGGUAUAUUCAUCGCCUGCACCGGAUCAACAGAA